UCCCUUUCCACCACCGUGGCGAACCGCACACGUGUGUUUCAUGCGAUAAGCCGUCAAGGUACCGAGAUCGAUCAAAUCAAUCCCGACUGCUCUCGGAGACUUUCCACCACGCCGGGGUACGAUAUAGUCCGUACACACGAGUCUAUAAAGCUGUGAACUCUGCCGGCACUCGUUGAGUUAGUUGCCCUACUUACCCAAUCCGCACACCAACAUCGAGACAGCAUAGAGUGUUCAACUGCGUUUCUCAAACCUCCCCCAUUACCAAGUCGCUUGUUCAGCUAAACCCCUCUUUUGCCAUCGUCCACCAUGGUCAAGGUCGCCAUUGCUGGUGCUUCGCAGCUCGCCAAUGAGGUCAUUGAUGUCCUCGUGGCUGCUGCAAAGCAUGAGGUCGUCAUCUUCUCCCGGAGAGAUGCGGCCCCGGAAGAUGUUCCCAAAGGCACGGCGUGGGUCAAGGUGGACUAUCAGGAUAAAAAGGGUCUUGUCCGAGCCCUCCAGGGUGUCCAUACCGUCCUGUCCUUCAAUGUUCUACACACCGAGGCAGAUUUUGCCGAGCAAAAGAACUUGAUUGAUGCCGCCAUUGAAGCCGGCGUCAAGAGGUUUGCUCCCAGCGAGUGGGCAGUUGGCAAUCUCAAGCAUCUUGACUUCUAUCGUAUCAAGCUCGAUAUCCGAAGCUACCUGCGGGAGAAGAACAAGAACAAAAAGGUCAUUGAGUAUACACUCUUCCAGCCCGGAUGGUUUAUGAACUACCACGGUGGCGGCCGCCAGACGGCCAAGUUCGUCGAGACCCGCAGGAGCAUCCUGCCGACUAACCAUGAUGAAGGUUGGAUCCGCGUUGUCGGCGACCUCACCAGCCGGGUUAGCUACACCGCGGUCCACGACAUCGCCAACAUUGUGGUGAAGGCCAUUGACUACGAGGGCGAGUGGCCCGAGAUCGGCGGCAUCAACGGCGACACCUUGUCCCGCGCUGAAGAGGUGGCCAUAGGCGAGAAACUUACGGGAAAACGGUACCGGGUGGACACUAUCAGCAUCGAUGACGCAAAGGCCGGCAAGAUCCCGGACUCAUGGAUUCCCAAAUUCAACUGGCCAAAUUUUAAUGCAUCCGCGGAGGAGAAACGGGCGUUCGAACGCCAGGUUUUCACCGGUCUCUUGCUCAGCAUCGCCGAGGGCGGUUCCGUCGUGUCGGACGAGUGGAACCGCAUCUUCCCCGACUACAAGUUCACCAAGGUCGAGGAGUUCCUGAAGGGCGUAUACGCCAAGGAUGCUUGAGUUGACCCGAGAUAUGAGAGAGACACUAUUAUUUCAUAGAUCUAGGGACCGGGAUCAUGGCUUCACUGAAAGAAUACUUCUUGGAUCUUCCAUUCUUUGUCACAGAUCAUUUAGAGCAACCCGUCAUAACCCUGCCAGUCAC